GUAGUUACUAGGUCAGGUACAUAUGUGUAACUACCUACCUAUGUCAACAUGUAGUUCCUUCUCCACGAACAUUGAAGCUGCUUUGAUCUCAAAUAUACCUAGUACCUACCCAUAUGAUGAUACCUGGUACUACCUAUAUGGUAUUUAAGACACUUUGUUUCAAUCGAGUGGAUUUUAGUUCGUUAGUUAAUCAAUGUAACUACACUCAACCCCAAGUGAGAUUUCAUCCAACCAUAACCGCCGUCUAUCGUGUCUACUCGACUCACAUUCAUGGGCUGUCCAUUCAUUCAUUGAUGCAUUGCAUUCCGCACAACAUACCUUGAUCGAUAACUCCCAAAACAAAAGAUUCAAAAUGUCUUCUCCCAAUACAUCAACCUUCACCACACCCCCUCCAGAUGUCCUACACACCCUCAUCUCCUUUCCGAGCCCGCACAUCCUGCUCGUGACGCUCAACCGACCCAAACAACUCAACGCCAUCCCGCGCCCGCAGCACUUCGCCCUCGAGCGCCUGUGGGACUGGUACGACGCCGAGCCCUCGCUUCGGUGCGCCGUGUUCACCGGUGCCGGCCGCGCGUUCUGCGCCGGCGCCGAUCUGAAGGAGUGGAAUAGCGUCAACUCCUCUUCGACUUCGACUUCGACUUCGUCUUCGUCUUCGUCUUUGUCCUCUGCGCAGGAGGCUAGGUUCCCCCGCGGCGGCUUCGGCGGCAUGAGCAACCGGCCCGGCAAAAAGCUAAUCAUCGCCGCGGUCCACGGGACCUGCUUUGGCGGUGGCAUGGAGAUGGCGCUCAACUGCGACAUGGUGAUCGCCGCAGCCACGGCAAAGUUCGCGCUGCCAGAGGUCACGAUCGGCGUCAUCGCGCUCGCGGGCGCGCUACCCCGCCUCGUCCGCACCGUUGGCCGCCAGCGCGCAGCCGAGAUGGCGCUUGCCGGGAAGGCUUACGCGGCGAAGGAGAUGCAGGGCUGGGGGGUCGUGAACGAGGUCGUGGAGAAGGAGGGCGAUGUGCUGGAGGCGGCGCUGAACUGGGCGCGCAGGAUCGCGGCGAAUAGCCCCGAUGCGGUGGUAGUUAGUCGUGAGGGCUUGAAGCUGGGCUGGGAGGGGGUGGGCCCGGAGCAGUGCACCGAUUUGCUGAUUCGGGGGUGGUAUCCGCGGAUCGAGACGGGGCAGAAUGCGGUGGAGGGCGUGAAGAGCUUUGUGGAGAGACGGAAACCGGUUUGGGUGGAUAGUAAGCUAUAGUGGCUGGCUGGGCUGGUGGCGUGGUUACACAGUAACGGUCUGCUGUGCUAUGUGCCUGAGUUGUCUCUAUAUGAUAUAAAUGCGUUUGAUGUUGCAUGCUCCUCCCAUCAACUUUCCAUUUGACCCUCCAUAUAUGUCUUAGGCUCUCAGGAACAUUGAAUCGUAUCACGUCCUUCGUAUUAUGUAAAUCCAUCCUGUGCUGGCAGGCUAACCGUAGGCCUGAAUAUUAACAUCAAGAUGUAUAUCAAGAUGUAUAUCAAGAUGUACAGUACAU